ACGGGGGCAGGGGAGCCGCCCGCAGGCGAGGCGGGCACAGCCCCCUCCCCGCCCGGCACACGCGGCCAGGGGAGUCGCUCCUGCCCCCGCUCAGGACUGAGCCUGCUGCCAGGGCUCCCCUCAGCCCCUUUCCGUAUCCCGAGGGCGGCGAUGCGGCUCCUGGACCCCAGCAGCGCAUCAGCCCGUCCCAGCGGAGCCGGGAACCUCAGCUGCGGGCAGGAUUGAAAUGAUGUGGAGAGCCCUGCCUGCCCUGGUGGUACGGGGGCUGUAGUCAGGAGGCAAGGAGGAGCAAAGGAGGAGAAUAUUGCCUCAUCUGCUCACAACAAGCCCAGGCCACCUGGCAUGGGAGCGGUAUGGGCAUAGCAUGUGAAUCACCCUGGAUGUGCAGCAGGAUUCUCAGCUGUAUCUUAGCUUUGGGACAAACCUGCUCAUUCCUACAAAAAGACCAGUGGAAGUCAUUAUUUUCAUGAAUUCCAGGUGAGCUUUAGAUGGGUCAGAUCCCAGAGUUCCUGUGCCUGUCUUUAGCAGGAAAUCACCCUCUAUCCAAUAAAAGCUGAAGACUUUUUUUUCUUUUUUUGGCACAUGACAAGAGCAGAGGAUUCACUGCGAUUCACACAAUCACCCUACUUCCUUUCAAAUUAAACUGUAAAACGAGCCCACGGUUUCGCAGGUGCUGGAGGCGAGGUGCAGGUCCUCCCUCUGCAGAACCAGGCUGCCGGGGGCUGGGCGCCACAUCCGCAGCCGCCUCAGGGCUUCUGCCAGCUCGGGGGCACUUGCCACUCAGCAGGCUCAGAGCACGGCCAGUGCGCGCACUACAUAACCCUUAUUUUGGGAUGGUGCAUUACCAGACCCGUGUUUGAACCCUCGACCGAGGGGUUGGCUGAGGUGUGAAGCCUGCAGCGGGCCGUGUGCACUCCUUGCUGGCACCCCUUGGCCGGCGGCACACGAGGUGCGGCCCUGCCCUCACGCCCGCGGUACCAGACAGCGCCGGAGCCGCCUCAGGGCCGAGAGCGCCCCGGGGGCUCCCUGCCCCCCAACCCACCUCCCCGACGCCGAGCAAAAUGGCGGCAAGCGCGAGCCCGGCCGGCGGCGCAACGCCCGCCCCGCCCGCCCCGCACGGCCCAAUGGAAUGAAUGGGCUAUAAAUAGCUGCCAAUGGGGCGCCGGCUUGCGCUCUAUAUAAAAGACGCACGGCGGGGCUGCCGGAGCUUCACUCGGAGUGGGGCAGUGCAGUACGCGCAGCGGUGCGGAGAUUCUUGCUGUAGCUGCGAAGCCCGCGUGACUGCGGUAGGGUCAGCCAUGCCCUUCUCAAACAGCCACAACCUCCUGAAGAUGAAGUUCAAGCCUGAGGAGGAGUACCCUGACCUGAAAGCUCACAACAAUCACAUGGCUAAGGUGCUGACCCCGGACCUGUACAAGAAAUUGAGGGAUAAACAGACUCCCAGUGGAUUUACCCUGGAUGAUUGCAUCCAGACUGGGGUUGACAACCCAGGCCAUCCCUUCAUAAUGACAGUAGGAUGUGUGGCUGGUGAUGAAGAAUCCUAUGAAGUGUUCAAGGAGCUUUUUGAUCCAGUUAUUGAAGACAGGCAUGGUGGCUACAAACCAAGUGAUCAGCACAAGACUGACCUGAAUGCUGAUAACCUGCAGGGAGGUGAAGACCUGGAUCCCAACUACGUGCUAAGCUCCCGUGUCAGAACUGGCAGAAGCAUCCGUGGGUUCUGCCUUCCCCCGCACUGCAGCCGAGGGGAGAGGCGGGCUAUCGAGAAGCUCUCUGUUGAAGCUCUGGGUAGUCUGGAUGGUGAUCUCAAGGGGAAGUACUAUGCUCUGAGGAACAUGACUGAUGCAGAGCAGCAGCAGCUGAUUGAUGACCACUUCUUGUUUGACAAGCCAGUUUCUCCUCUUCUGUUGGCAUCUGGGAUGGCAAGAGACUGGCCUGAUGCCAGGGGUAUCUGGCACAAUGAUAACAAGACUUUCCUUGUCUGGAUCAAUGAGGAGGAUCACCUUAGAGUUAUUUCCAUGCAGAAAGGUGGCAACAUGAAGGAAGUAUUUAACCGCUUCUGUACUGGACUAACAAAGAUAGAAAGUCUCUUCAAGGCCAAAAACUAUGAGUUCAUGUGGAAUCCACACUUGGGCUACAUCCUGACCUGCCCAUCCAACCUUGGAACAGGGCUCCGUGCUGGUGUGCACAUCAAGCUCCCACACCUUGGGAAACAUGAGAAAUUUGGAGAAGUCCUCAAGAGACUUCGGCUGCAGAAACGAGGCACAGGUGGUGUGGACACAGCUGCUGUUGGAGGAGUGUUUGAUGUCUCCAAUGCUGAUCGUCUUGGCUUCUCUGAGGUGGAGCUGGUGCAGAUGGUGGUGGAUGGAGUGAAGCUUCUCAUUGAAAUGGAGAAACGCCUUGAAAAUGGCCAGUCCAUUGAUGACCUCAUGCCAGCUCAGAAAUAAAGCACUUUAUUCUCCUGCUUCCUAACUUAUUGGAUGAAUAAUAAAAUGUCACUCCAAUUCAAACCCCUGGGGUCAGAGCCCACUUAGUUACACUGUAGAGAAGUCUUCCAUCCAUCUGUGUUAGAGUUUAUUUUUUUGAUGGUUGAGAUGUUGCUGAAAAUGAAAUAAACUAUUGUUUGGCCUGAGGUGUCUUAGAUAUGUUAA